GGUCUGGGCAGGGCCGCUGUGUGUGUGUGUGCGUGUGUGUGUGUGUGUGACGUUGUGUGUUAAAGGGAGCUGCUCUCGGGCGUUCACACACACACACACACACCACAGGAAGACGCACGGGACGCAGCAGCAGAACAUCAAGCGUCACCAGAAAGAAAAGUGCAACAAAGACGAGAUGACAAUCGGUAGGAACUCCAGGAAAAGCUCGGUCCGAAGCUCCGUCCGAGCACCAAAGUUUCUGGACAAAUCCAGCGGUUUCUACGGUCGCCUCGACGAGCCCGAGGCCACCGCUGAGGUCGUGGGGGGUGGAGUGGAGAAUGACAGCAGCAGAGAAAUGGGAGUGGACAUCAGCCUGGCCCUAGAUGUGGUCCACGACUCAGGGGCAGAUGAAGAAGUGGAUGUGUUCUCUGGUGGCAUGAUGGAGGAUGAUGGAGAGACUCUCCUGAGGAGGAAACCCAGCCGCCACAGCAGCAGGUGGAGAAAAAGCUCCAGGAGGAGGCAGAGGGAAGUCCAGGAGGAGAAACCCCAAGAGCAGAAGCCAAGUGUGGUGGACGCCCACAUGCUGGAGGACAAGAUCCAGGAACUGAAGCAGAUGGAGGAAGACAACCAGAAGGGCGACAUCACGAAGGACCCUGCUCUGGCGCACUUCCAAAUUCAAGAAUACGCUGAGGACCGGGUCCUGAUCCGAGACAAGAAGAGAGGACGAGAAGAGGAGACGGAGGAGGAGAGGAAGAGCGAGAAGGAGCAGGAGGAAGGGAUGAAGGUGGUGAAGAGGAACACCGUGAAGAGUUAUCGAAAGGCAUUUGACCGAGCUCUUCGACGCGGCUGGGAGGCCUUUAUCGCCAACCUCUACAGCGUGACCCUGACACCAGUGACGCCCUCGCCGCCGUCCUCCUCUCCUUCCCUGAAGAAGCAGCAUCAGCACAGCUCGGUGCUGGCCGAGUUCCGGUAAAGACGGACGAGGGCCCGGGCCGUUUGGACAGCUCAGGGUUAAAGCAGCUGCUGAUUACUCACGAUGCCUUCACCUGAUGUGUGUGACAGAGUGAAUGUUUAUGACCUGAUCACUGACAUGUGUGUUCUGUGUGUUGCACAAAGACUGCAGGCACAAACUGGGGCAGUCCAGCUGUGGAUUUGAAGUCUGUUAUUCCAGACUGAGUUCAGCUGCUCCUCUUUGAUUUUCAUUUCUUCAGAAGCUUUCUUACAUCUGAUCCACGUUCACGAGCGAGCUGUGCCACCAUCUCUGUGAUAUGAGUGCUUCUCAAGGACAUGAAACACCAGAGAACCGUAGAAGAAGCAGCCAUGACUGAUCAGUGGAUUUUUGUUUGGCAUGUCCGUGCCAUUUAAGGCUGUGUGGCAGCCUGAAGUACGUAUGUUGUUGUGGAUAAUUACUUAAUUUAUUCGUUUAAACCUCUAUAAACCAUUCUUCAUGCCUCUGCACAUUUGCAUGCUAUCUGGUUCAGCUCCAAGGUGUUGUAGUGACGGUUGUUUAACCUGAAGACACCAGUGGAGACAAAAGAGAAUGUGACACACUAGCAUGACCAACCCUUUAUGGUUGCUUAUAUUUAUUGGAAAUGAUAAAGUUUAUCAUGUCAUACAAGCUCUGUUAAGUUAAGAUGAUAUUUUUUUGCAAUAAAGCUGUAAUUUCCUCUCA